AUGGUGAAAUUAAUAAAGGAUAGAAAUUUUAUUAAUGAAGGGUCUAUUUAUCAGUCUCUAGUGGUAACGGUUGCCUGGCUGCAGACUUUUCAUAGUCCUUUAUUCGUUGUGGUGUUAAUACAAUUCUUUCUGGCGUAUUCAGUGCUUAAUCAAAGGAGUUUACUAACAUUGCAUCGUUUUAGUUUUGCAUUGCAACAAUAUUGCUUGGCUUCUGUGAAAAUGUGUUUUAUCAUACUUGUUUCUAAAGUAGCGGUCAAUUCAAAUGUGCCACCAAAGUUGCAAUUUAAAGUGCUCCUUUAUUAUCACUUUCCCACCAAUGCUUUCUUAUUCGAUGAGUUGUUGGUGCUUAAAAUGCGACAUUUUUCCACUGAUACCUGA